CGGGGCUUCGUCGCGGUGCUGAUUUCGAAGUUGCCGCUGAGUGGCGAGGGACGUGAUAGGCUGAGGGGCCGAGGCUGGGGAAGAAAGGAGCUGCUCGCAGUCAGCAGAGCAGUGCCGCUGGAGAGCUCGCUCGUCGACCGCAGGCUCCAGCUCUCUCUCUCUCUACUUCCACGAGCAGAAGAAGACGACGUGACCGAACCUUUUUUAAUUUUUUUUUAUUUUUUAUUUUUGAACGUUCCAAUUCAUUGGCUUCCUCGUCGCGUCGUCGCCUCGCGCACGAUGUAACUUUGUUGACCCCACGUCGCCGCACAUACAUGCGUCUGAGGAGAGCCGGGAGCGAGUGCGCAGCGACGACGAGCCGAGCUGCUCCGGCGAAUGGAACUUAUUGUUGUGCGUUUGUUUUGACUAUGUUCCCCGCCUGCGAGUUUGGCUCCAGCGCGUCUCCGCUCGCCGCCGACCCUUGAAUCUUUUUGGGAUAUAUUUAUAUAUAUAAAUAUAUACAUAUAUAUCUAUCUGCCUACAUUUCCCGAACAGCCGGGAGGGGAAACGCCGCCGAGCAGGGGAGGAUUCUUGCGAAGCCAGCGAGCCUUUUCCUCACCGAGCCGGGGAUUUAAAUCGUCACCCGGCGGUGGCUCCGGGAGAGGCGAAGGAAGGGGGACAUUCAUGUGGCCGCUCUCUCUGUAGCCAAAACACUUUUCAUUUUGGGAUUGCAUGAUGAGCAAGGAAAGACCCAAGAGGAAUAUCAUUCAAAAGAAAUACGAUGACAGUGAUGGGAUCCCAUGGUCGGAGGAGCGGGUUAUGCGAAAGGUGCUUUACCUCUCCCUAAAGGAGUUUAGGAGUGCACAGAAAAGGCAGCUGGAUGGCGACGGAACCACGAACUCCAAUGGUUCCUUAGCCAAUGGGCAGCUGAACGGCUCGGGAUCAAAGGGCAGCCACAAAGAAGAUGGGUCCUUGCGCUCACAGGGCCUGGAUGGGAGCGGCGAGUACACUGAGGACGGUCCUGCAAAAAAGAGACCUCGGCUCCAGGCCCAGCGGAAGUUUGCCCAGUCGCAGCCCAACUCGCCCAGCACCACCCCCGUCAAGGUGGCCGACCCCGUCAGCCUGAAUGCCGGCCUGGUGGCCACCGUGGCGUCCUCGUCACUCUCGCUGCUCUCCUCUUCGUCCCUGUCCGCCUCCAUUCAGGACCUGUCCAGGCGCAAGCCCAAGACGGAGGACUUCCUCACCUUCCUCUGCCUCAGAGGUUCAUCGGCCCUGCCCAGCAACAUGGCCUACUUCGGGAGCUCCCAGGAUGAGGAGGACCUGGAGGACGAGCGGGAGGAAGAGGAGGAGGAGGUGCGGAACGGUGCUGGUAUCCACUCUCACGGUGGGGGGAGCAGCCAAGCCUCCGGCUCCUCCUCCUGCCACUCAACACCCCGCAAGGGCAAGCUCCCCACGAGGCAGCCGCUCAAUGGGCAUGUGUUCAACAGCCACGGUAGAGCGGGGACCAGGGAGAGUCCACGGCCCAAGGCGGGAACCCACGGCAGGGAUGUGCCCGCUCCGCCACUGCCACCUCCUCCACCUCCGCCUCCGCCGCUCCUGAGGGAGCGCAGCGAGCGGGCGGAGGCACGGGAGCAUGCCAGGGUGCAGCAGGCCACGGCCGGCGGUCGAGGCUUGGCCAACGGGCUGCCGCAGAGGAGAGCUGCCGAGGAGCUACGCAAGCAGGUCUCUAAAGUGAACGGGCUGACGCGGGCGGGCUCAGCACAAGGUGUCGGUGGUGCCAAAAAGAGCCGCGACUUCCGGCUGCCGUCCAAAACUGUGAAGAAGUACACAGCCACCGUGUCCAAGGGCCACGUCACUUACACCAAAGCCAAACAGAAAGAACUGGGCAAGAAAACCAAACUCAGCAGCAGCAACAAACACAACAGCGCCGCCUCGGCACCAUCGUCAGCGAACAAUCACAAUCAGCACAGCCAGUCAGCAGCCAGCAAUGGGCUGGCCAACUCAGGAAAAGCAGCGGCACCAGCCCACCACAGCAAUGCAAAAACCCGCAAACAGGUGCUACUAUCCAAUGGGCUGCACAAUGUGGCUGCCAGUGCCCGACUCAACGGCAGGCUUAAUGGACAGCGGCACAACACUUUGGCCAGGGAGGACGGGCAGAGACAGUGCCUGCAGGGCCAGGGUGAGUGUCCAGGACGAGAGGGACUGCGUAACUCUAAACGGCGUUUGGAGGUUGUGCUCAACUCAGUGGGGACGGGGGUCGUUGAGCAGAAAGCCAAAACCUCCGGCACUGAGGCCAAGAAGGCCAAACUUCAACCGACUCCCCUGGAGACACGCAGCAGCAGCAAGAAGGUGGCCAAUCAAGAGAAAGCUGCCAUGCAAAUCGCCACACCUACCACUCCAAUUUCAAAUGGACAUGUACCUGAAGGGCCCCCUUCUCCCAAACAAGCUCCAACUGUUACCCCACCUCCUACUCCCCCUCCUCAACAAACUCCUUCUACACCAGCAGCCAAUACGGAGCCGGUGAACCAGCGACCCAAGCGGGCGUCGGCCGGCAAGCUGAUGUUGAUACGACAAGCACAGCAACAGCAGAGCAGGUCUCAUGGUCGGAACUCCUCCUCCUCCUCCCCCUCAUCAGGCCAGAAUCACCCGCAGAACCCCAGCCGUGCCAGCACUACCUCAGACCCCCAGCAAUCCCCUCUGUCCUCCUCCUCCUCCUCCACCGCCUCCUCUCUGCUUACUUCCACCAAUUGCCCUGGACAGCUCAAACCGGCAGCCCUGCGGCCCGCCGAGCACGACAAAGAGUGGGAGCGCGAGAAAGAGAUGACGCGCCAGAAAGAACGAGAGCAGGAGAAAGAAUGGGAGCGCCAGAGGAGUCGGCCGGAGGGCUGGGCAGCGCUCGGCGAAGUCCCGGUCUUCCGGCCAACGCCCCGGGAGUUCCAGGACCCCCUGGUGUACUUGGACGCGGUGAGGGAACAGGCUGAGGCGGCUGGCAUGUGCCGCGUGGCACCGCCUCCAGACUGGCGGCCCGAGUGCAAGCUGAGCGAGGAGAUGCGUUUCGUUACACAGGUGCAGAGGGUCCACAUGCUCGGCCGGCGCUGGGGCCCCAACGUGCAGCGGCUGGCCUGCAUCCGCAAGCACCUCAAAUCUCAGGGCAUUACCAUGGAUGAGCCACCGGUCAUUGGUGGCUGUGAAGUGGACCUGUCGCGUUUUUUCCAGCUCAUCAAUGACAUGGGCGGCAUGCAGCAGGUGAUGGACCUGAAGAAGUGGACCAAGCUGGCUGACCUCCUGCGCAUCCCCAAGUCGGCGCAGGACCGGCUGGCCAAGCUGCAGGAGGCGUACCUCCAGUACAUCCUCUCCUACGACUCGCUCAGCGCAGAGGAGCGCCUCCGGCAGCAGGCCGAGGUGCUGCAGGAGAAGAAGAAGGUGGAGUCACGCCGGGGACCUCUGGAGGGUCUUUUGGACUCCUCAGCACCUAGUGCUCUGGUCCUGCCACGCUACGAGCCCAAGAACGGGCUAGUGGGCGGCAUAGUGGGAGGACCGACGGGGCACCAGCGCACCAACGGAGUGUAUCACCAUCUGAAGGAGCUGGAGGCUCAGGUCAAAGCAGGCCGGCGCCGGCUCUUCGCUCAGGAAAAACAAGGCAAAGAGGACAGGCAGCAUGCGGAGGAGCAGCAACAGCAGGAGGAGGAAGACAGGGGCGUUCUCAGUGACCAGCACAAAUGUAUUUACAAGGGGAAAUCUGUGUCUUUGACUAACUUCUUCAGGAUAGCCCGGAACACCAUGACCAUGUGCUUUAACAAGGAACCAGGGGCUGCGGAGGUUGAGCAAGAGUACUGGAGGAUUGUGGAGCAUAGAGACAGCCAUGUGGCAGUGCAUUGUGGGAAGGUGGACACCAGUACACAUGGCAGUGGUUUCCCCACAGGAAAGUCAGAGCCAUUUUCAAAACAUGGAUGGAACCUCACUGUCCUCCCCAAUAACUCUGGAUCCAUUCUGAGGCAUCUGGGUGCUGUGCCCGGGGUAACCAUUCCCUGGCUAAACAUUGGCAUGGUCUUUUCUACCUCAUGCUGGUCUCGAGACCAAAAUCGCCUUCCAUAUAUUGAUUAUUUACACACUGGUGCUGAUUGCAUUUGGUAUUCUGUCCCUGCUGAGGAGAAGGCAAAGCUGGACAAGGUGGUCCAUACACUGCUUCAGGCCAAUGGCACCCCAGGACUAGAAAUGUUGGAAAAGAACAUCAUGAUCUCUCCAGAGGUGCUGUGCCGUGAAGGUAUCAAGGUUUACCGUACGGUCCAGCGGAGCGGACAGUUUGUGGUCUGCUUCCCAGGUGCCUUUGUCUCUAAAGUGUGCUGUGGCUACAGCGUGUCGGAGACGGUGCACUUUGCCACGCCGCACUGGAUGAACCUGGGUUACCAGGCAGCUAAGGACCUGAAAUUUCGUCGCAUAGCCAAACCCUUCUCCAUGGAAAAGCUACUGUACCAGAUCGCCACCGCCGAGUCGAAGAGGGACAACGGCCUUCUCCUCACCACCAUCUCCGCCCUACUCAAAGACCUCAGGAACAUAGAGAUGCACCAACGGCAGGAACUCUACAAGGCAGGUUUGCUCUCCUCCGCUCGCUACGGCACGCACGACGGCGGCCUGGGUCCCAGCGAGGGGCGCAAGAAGCCCCGCGGGAAAUGGCUUGCACUGGAAUCUUCAGAGAGACGCUGCCAGAUCUGUCAGCAUCUCUGCUACUUGUCCAUGGUGGUCCAGGAGACGGACAACGUGGUCUUCUGUCUGGAGUGUGCCCUGCGCUAUGUGGAGAAGAACAAGACCUGCAGAGGCCUGAAGAUGAUGUACCGAUACGACGAGGAGCAAAUUAACAGUCUGGUGAACCAGGUGUGUGGCCGGGCCAUGAUAAAGAACAGCAGUGGCGGCGGUGGGGGAGUUGUCGUCACUGGAGGAGGGGGGGAACCCUGUCUCGGCUUAAGCCCCACCAAAGCGUCGCCGGCCAAGCGAGGCCCCCGGAAGCGCGCCACGGUGGAGGUCUCUCUGGCCCGCCUGUCCACCAGCCACAUCCCCAAGGCAGCAGCCGUGUCCUGAGGCCGGUGCCUCGACUUUGCCACCCUGUGCGGCGUGCCCGCCCCUACCCUGCACCCUCCUCGACUCUCCCCUGGUCGUUAUUUUAGUUUUUCCAACAUAAAAGCAGGAUCACUAUCAGUCCCUCCUCCACCGCCCAAGAUCGAUUGCUUUUGAGCUUUGAAAAUCCCCUCAACAGACUUAAGUCCCCCACCCCAAAAUAAUUAAAUCACCUCCCCCCUUAGUAUGACAGGCUUGUUUAUAUAUUAAAAAAGAAAAGAAAAAAAGAAUAACAAGUUGUCUUUUUUGCACUAGUGUGAAAGAAGAAUUUGUUUUUAUUCUGGAUGAUUUUAGAAUCCCCCCACCCCGUCCCCAGCAUUAAGUGUGAUGUUCACAAGAAGACUUGAUGAGCCCCCCCCCCCUUCUGAAGUGGGUUACCUUGCGUCACUCUCUCCUGACCUCCUUUCCCUCCCGAGACCUGAACCCGCUGGACCCCCAUCCCUGCUCAUCGCGCAUCACUCGACUGUGAACGUGGGACGAAUGAAAAGGUGGGCUUUUUUUUUUUCUCCCCCUCCCAGGUUUUCUGAUAUGAAAUGAUAUCAAGAAGUUGCCCAAAGUUUCUCUCUGUCCUCGGUUUGAGGAGUAAGAGUCCUUUUUUUUUAAUUGAUUUGAGGCAUCAAGAUGCAGCUCCUGCAUUUUUUUUUUGAUUUGUUGAUGUCGUCGUUGUUUAAAGGGGUGUUGGUGACGCGAGGUAAAAACUUGAAAGACAGAUGAUGUUGGUUUAUUGUUGGUUGGCUAUGUUUUUUUUCCAUGUUCUCUUUGAAUUUUAGCUUUGUUUUUUCUAGUUUUUUGGCGAGAAGUCUUCUGUGUACUUUUUUUUUUUGUCAUUGUGGAUGUUUCUCUUCGUCGGUGGAAGUGAGAGGGGGCGGGGCUAUAGCUGCUUGACCCGUGAAGGGUCACCGCUCACCUCACUUCCUGGUUGUAUGGGGAGAGAUCCCUCCCUCACUAGCAAGUGAAAACCGUGCCUGAUAUGUGGCGAGGAGAUCCAUUUUAUUGGUGCUGUUGGUUAUAAUUACUGUAUGACAACACAAAUUAAAAAAUCUGGGGGGUUUAGCGCCUGUUGUUGGCUAACAGCUAGCUCACGCACCCCCGUCCCACAGGGCAGAAAAGCUUUCAGGCCUUUCUGGUUCUAGAUGUGCAAUCGUGUUAACAUUCCAUUCUUCCAGUCCUCUUGUUUCAUCUGUACCAGUAAACAUUAAUUAUUAUAUUAUAUUAUUAUUAUUAUUAUUAUUGUGGGUUGUUUUUUUUGUUUACUUUUGUUGAAUCUGAUGUUAUCUCAAGUAGAGCCACUAGUCAAAGAGUGUAAAAUGUGAAAUAUCGAAUCCAAGUUUUGUUUUGUUUUUCUUUUCUUUAAUUGUCCUUUUGGUUUUUUUUGGCUUUUGCAUUUGUCCCUUUUCCAGAUAUAUUAUGAGUGAUUUUUUUUUAGACAGAGGAAAAAGUCCAACACAAACAAAACAUCAAGUUUUUUUGUACAUAAUCCUGUAAAUUUCUUUAAAUACUUGAGCCUUUUUCUGGGGUUAAGGAAGAAAGAAAGGAAGGACGGAAUAAAGAGGAGAGAGAGUUCCAGAGGAAGUGCGCUUGAUGAAGAAAAAGCCUUACAUUUUCCCUUUCUUCAUCCGUGUGAGUUUGACGCUUACAGGGUUGCUCUGGUAAACGUGUAUAAAAUUUUUAAGUGCUGCUUAUAUCACUAAGAAAGAGGAUAUUGAGUAGCCAACGACUGCCCCCCGACCUAGUUUUGUUUGUUUAGCUUUACUUUUUUAAAGAAAAGGGAAAAAAAGAUAUGUUCACUAAAAAAAAAAAAAAAAAUGGGUUUUUACAUUUUCAUUACUGAAAAUUCAACAAAAAUGUAGUAGCUACUCAUGUUGCACUGAGCUUGCCAGUGGUGACUGUCAAGGAAAAAUCCUAUAAUCCAGUUUGUUGGUUGUCGUCCCUCGCAGAAGACUGAACUGUUUAGGACUAUUUAAUAAAAUACCAAGUCGGGUGUUUUCAACAUAAAAAAAAGUGGUUGUCAAGUUUUUAUGGCCUUACAAUAUAUUUUAUUCUGGGAUUUUUUUGUUUGUUUUUGUUUUUCAGUUCAUCUAUUGAUUUUGUUUUCUUCCAUUUUCUACAGUAUAAAAUACUUGCUCACAGUGGGGUCUCUGGUGACUUAAUUUAUUAGUGCCGCAUCUCGGCCUUUCCCUCCACUCGGAAAGAGAGUCUCAUGUUGGUUAUAUUGACAGUUUUUUACUUUUGCAGUUUGUACCGAAGGUUUAAUAAAAACUUACCGACAA